CAUGGGAAUGAAUUCGAAGUGACACCGGAAUCGCUCUUUAUUUUUUUUGAACAACGAUGCAAAUUGAACUAUCGGCUGUGAUAUGAUUAAGAAUCUUUCUCUGCUCAUGUGUGUUUCUAUCGGACUUGAAAGUUAAAAUUAAGAUCCGUUAGAUAAAUGCUCAGGACGUGGUAGUUCCGGUUUGUUUCCGUCAUCUUUAAUUUGAGUCCGAAUUUUCCUGCCACGCCUCAUUAUUGCUUUAAUUUUGGCUUAAACUCCAGUUACUACUCAACGGGACGUAGCUAGUGGAGGAGGAUAUAAAAAGGUGUACCGAUUUUAUUUAUUGUGUACAUAUGUUGCAAGACAACGACACACCCUGUACUGAGCUUUUCUUGUCUUUCCCAAAUUCGUUUUAGACCGUGAGAUGGACCAAACUCCACAGACUAAAGCCGGUAUGGACCGGUCCGACCUGGUUUCUGUGGACGGAAAGAACAGCAAGUCAGUCCUGUGUCAACGUUGCGGAUCUAAGGUCCUAUCUCCGGGAAUGGCUGUGUUUGCGGAGAAAGAGCUUAUACUACCAUCCAUGCGUAAAAAGAGCAGCCUCGGUGCCAAAGAGGGCUCAGUGGACAGGGACACACUGACCUCCCACUGGUUAGUGGGGGAUAUGUUCGAUUUCGAGAAUGUGGGCUUCACUAACGACGUGGGGAGAAUCAAGUAUCUCAUCUGCGCCGACUGUGAGAUCGGACCCAUCGGCUGGCACAGUUUGGAUGACAAUGUAGGUUACUAUGUUGCAAUAGACAGAGUAAACCAUGCCUAGUUUUAAAGCGGAAUGAAACUGUAAAAGUAAAUGCACUCACUGUACAGUGGACCCUACGUUGCCAUGCCAUUUAGCAUCCACGGAUUCACCCAUGUGUUAUUUCUAAAUAAUUGUACCUUUUUUCAAUCUUUUUCAUUUUUGUUUUGUUUUUGAGGAGGUGGACCAAUCAUGAAACCAAUCUCCCCCCCCCCCCCCUUUAUGCAAUUACCCACAGAUUUUCAUUAAGUGUGGUCCGGCCUGGUCCCUAUCCCCCCGCGAAAAGCGCGGCUCCACUGUAUGUGCUUACUGGGUUUUAAUGGAUUUACUGUCAAUGGUAACAUUUAAAAUCACACAGGGGGUUUAUACUGUUAAUGUCAAUACUGUUUUUAUUUCAGACAACUGUAUCAUGAUUGUGCUGUAUUAAAUAUAUUCAACUUUCCAACAAUGGAUUUCUGAGUGACCUGAGGGUCAAACUUGCUUACAGUGGUGUGAAAAAGGAUAGACCCCCUUCUCAGUUUUUUAUAUUUUUGCAUAAUUGCCCCACUCUAAUAUUUAACAUUAACAUUAUUAGAAAAUGUAAAUAUCACACAAAUAUAACUCAAGUAAACUUAAUAUGUUGUCUUUAAAUUGUGUUUUUAUUCAUUAAAGGAAAAUUCCGGUGGUUUGGAGUAAUAAGGUAUCCAAUAGGUCAUGUAUUAUGUACUCUAUUGUGAUAAUGUGAUGUUAAAUCCUCUCUCAUUUAAUCAGGUUUUGAGAAGAUUUUU